GGCUGGGUGUCGCCUGACCGGAUCAUGACAGAAGUUUUCGCUCCAGCACAGGGACUCUAAUCAUGCACUAGCCCAUUUAUCAAGAUCUUCAUUAUCUGAACCGUGUCAGGACUCUUUGCUGCUAACUGCUUUGUGUUUUGGUCAAAUAAACUCGCUGGGACUGGGACUGGCUGCAGUAGGCUAUCAUCUGGGAACUUUUGGUUUUCUGGACGAGCGACCCCUUGGCUCUCAUUUGACCGGUUAGGAGAGCAAGUUAAAGCCCACUGGGCUAACCGAGGAUCCGCCAUGGGAAACCGGGGGAUGGAAGACCUAAUUCCCCUCAUCAACAAGCUCCAAGACGCCUUCAGCUCCAUCGGCCAGAGCUGCAACUUGGACCUGCCGCAAAUAGCGGUCGUCGGCGGCCAGAGCGCAGGGAAGAGCUCCGUGUUGGAGAACUUCGUCGGGAGGGAUUUUUUGCCCAGAGGAUCUGGCAUCGUCACCCGUCGUCCUCUCAUCCUCCAGCUGGUGAACAGCAAAGCAGAGUAUGCAGAGUUCCUGCACUGUAAGGGACGCAAGUUUGUGGACUUUGACGAAGUCCGCGCAGAGAUUGAGGCAGAGACAGACCGACUAACUGGAUCCAACAAGGGCAUCUCCCCAAUACCAAUCAACCUCCGUGUCUACUCCCCUAAUGUGCUGAACUUGACCCUGAUUGACCUGCCGGGGAUGACCAAAGUGGCUGUGGGUGACCAGCCUGUGGACAUCGAGCAUCAGAUCAGAGACAUGCUGCUGCAGUUCAUCACUAAGGAGAGCUGCCUGAUCCUCGCCGUCACCCCGGCAAACACUGACCUGGCCAACUCCGACGCCCUCAAGAUCGCCAAGGAGGUGGAUCCUCAGGGGCUGCGGACCAUUGGCGUGAUCACAAAGCUGGACCUGAUGGAUGAGGGGACAGAUGCACGGGAUAUCCUGGAGAACAAACUACUGCCGCUCCGCAGAGGUUACAUUGGGGUAGUGAACCGCAGUCAGAAGGACAUUGAUGGAAAGAAAGACAUCCGUGCUGCUUUGGCUGCUGAGAGGAAGUUCUUCCUGUCUCAUCCUGCAUACAGGCACAUUGCAGAACGCAUGGGUACACCGCAUCUGCAGAAAACCCUCAACCAGCAACUCACAAACCACAUCCGCGACACGUUGCCAGGGUUACGCAGUAAGCUUCAAAGCCAGCUUCUCUCGCUGGAAAAGGAAGUGGAGGAGUACAAGAACUUCCGUCCCGAUGACCCUACACGGAAAACCAAAGCCCUGCUUCAGAUGGUGCAGCAGUUCGGUGUGGACUUUGAGAAGUGCAUAGAGGGGUCUGGAGAUCAGGUGGAUACCUCCAACUUGUCCGGUGGUGCAAAGAUCAACCGUAUCUUUCAUGAGCGCUUCCCCUUCGAGCUGGUGAAGAUGGAGUUCGAUGAGAAGGAGCUGAGGAAAGAGAUCAGUUAUGCCAUCAAGAACAUCCAUGGAGUCAGGACAGGCCUGUUCACCCCAGACCUGGCGUUUGAGGCCAUAGUGAAAAAGCAGAUCAUUAAGCUGAAAGAGCCCUGUCUGAAAUGCAUCGACCUGGUCAUCCAGGAGCUCAUCAACACAGUCAGACAGUGCACCAAUAAGCUGGGCUCCUACCCUCGUCUGAGAGAAGAAACUGAGAGAAUUGUCACCACCUACGUCAGAGAGAGAGACAGCAAGACCAAAGAUCAGGUGCUGCUGCUGAUUGACAUUGAGCUGUCCUACAUCAACACUAACCAUGAGGACUUUAUCGGAUUUGCAAAUGCACAGCAACGAACUGCUGCUAAUGUCACUAAGAAGAGAGUCAUGCCCAAUCAGGGAGAGAUUCUUGUCAUCCGCAGAGGCUGGCUCACCAUCAACAUCAGCAUCAUGAAGGGAGGAUCCAAGGACUACUGGUUUGUCCUGACUGCUGAGUCUCUGUCCUGGUACAAAGAUGAGGAGGAGAAAGAGAAGAAGUACAUGCUGCCUCUUGACAACCUGAAGCUGAGGGAUCUGGAAAAGAGCUUCAUGUCCAGCAAACACGUCUUUGCCAUCUUCAACACUGAACAUAGGAACGUGUACAAAGACCUGCGUCAGAUUGAGCUGGCAUGCGACAAUCAGGAGGAUGUGGACAGCUGGAAGGCCUCCUUCCUCAGGGCUGGGGUUUACCCAGAGAAAGACCAGGCUGAGAGCGAAGAAUCCAUCAAUACUGGCGACUCCGUGUCCAUGGACCCGCAGCUGGAGCGACAGGUGGAGACCAUCCGCAACCUCGUGGACUCGUACAUCGGCAUCGUCAACAAGUCCAUCAGAGACCUCAUGCCCAAGACAAUAAUGCAUCUCAUGAUCAACAACGCAAAGGACUUUAUUCACUCUGAGCUGCUGGCCUACCUGUACUCGGCCGGGGAGCAGUCUAGCUUGAUGGAGGAGUCACCAGAGCAGGCCCAGAGGAGAGAUGAGAUGCUGAGGAUGUAUAACGCCCUGAAAGAGGCCCUGGUCAUCAUUGGUGACAUCAGCACCACCACCAUCUCCACACCGGUGCCUCCGCCAGUAGAUGACACCUGGAUGGGCAAAGACCCAAGUCCUCCCCCGGCGUCACGUUCCACCGCAGCAACAGCGCCCCCUCCCAGCCGACCCCCAGCUGUGAGAGGAGCCACACCUGGCCCUCCGCCUCCUCUCAACCCCUCCCCAGCGUUCGGAGCGCCGCCCGUUCCCUCGCGGCCCGGCCCUCCGAUGGCUCAGAUGGGCUACACGGAUUCCAACUCCGCCGUGCCGCUCAUCCCAUCGAGGCCGGGCCGCGUGCCCCCAGCACUGCCGCCAGGGAUCCCCAGGAGGCCGCCACAAGUCCCUUCUCGGCCCAGCCAAAGGUGAGGGACACUCGAGAUGUUGUCCACUCAACUGCAGCACAGCCAGGAGGAGGGCCAAAGACGCGCUUGGCAUUUUAAUUUCAGGUCCACCAGGAACGUUCUGUUGUCUGGAGCCGUUUUGUAUGUACAGUUAAACAGUUAAAGAAGGGAACGAGCUGCAGAAAUAAUGGGCAUACGUUGUUGUGACUCCAUGGAAGAUGACAUCCUGUUGAUAUCAUCAAAUGUCACAUUUAAAUGACUAUCCAUUCACUAUAAUUCUCAGUUGUCCAGGUCAUUGUAUUUCUAAAAAAACAAAGCUAAAUCACAGGCAGCUGGACUUCUUUGAGUCUUCAGCAUCUUCAAGGGAAGUUCAUUUGUCUUUGUUUUUGCUUUAUUUCUUUUUGUUAGGGUUUUUUCUGUACAUCCAGCUCACAUUAAAUUUAUUUCCUGUGUGAAUAUGAAUGUAUUCCGACCACUGAGUCCACUAAAAUAUAAAUGAUCUAGCAACAAAAACUAAACCAAAAAUAAAUCUUUGAGUAGAAUAAAAUGUCGCACUCCUUAACACAUGUGCAGUGCAUCAGGCGAUAAAUGAUUCCAGUUUUCAUUUGACAUUUGUCAACAUGUUGGCACAGACUUGCACUUGGCAUCAGACUAGAAACCUCUGGAAAUAAUUCUCAGUAAUUACUGCUGCAAAGAAGGAAACACUUGGACUAUCACCAAUAUGGCACAAACUGUCCAGAGCAACAGCCUUCAAGUCCUGUGGAUCCAUGUCUAAGUGAUGUCAUUUAAUUGAUCUUCACUGACCUUUACUGGUGGUAAUGUUACCUUUAGAGAAAAACCUCCAACCAUUUUCAGAGGUGAGGGACACAGUGACGGCAUAAUAUAUAAUUCCUCAUUGGCUUGUGGUCAGGUUUGACAUUAAGGGCAAUAAAUGAAAUGAAAUAACCAACCUGAACUUUCUCAGCCUUACUAAUCGGGUUACCCUUUAUGGUGUAAUAUUUUGUUGUUUCUCACAGAUGGGUAACCGGCAAAACCACAAGAAAAUAAUAAUAAUAAUAAUAAUAAUAAUAACAAUGAUCUCGUGUUGGAUGGUUUUCUGUCCAGUAUGUCUUAUGUGUAAACUGUGUGUGUGUGUGUUUUGGGUGUGCCUCAGUCCACAACAUCAAACUGGAAAUACAGGAAAUAAUGCUGUUUACUUUUGAAAAUAUAGGAAUGUUCUUACGUUUACUCUGUAUUUGAAGUAUUUAAUAUUUGCUGUAAAUCAGUCUUCGUGUUGUGCCUAUAAAUAAUUGACUUGAAAUGCAUUACAAACCUGAGACACAUUGUGAGACCAAGAGACUGCUCAUUACAUACACUAUAGUAAAUAGUUGAAUCAAAUUAAACCAAAUUAAAGAUGCA